CACCCCGGACAGCUGGGCGAGCGACUGACCGGCCUCGACAACCCCAGCCCCAGCCGUUCCCGAGACAGGCCGGGCGCUGAGCUCGAGUCCGCGAGUCCACGAGUCCACGAGUCGAUCCGUACUCCGUACGAGCCCAACGGUCGAACAUGUCAACUCCCUACUGGGGCCAGCUGCCACCCCCGAAGGCGAGCCAAACCAGAGCCCGCCGCCUGUCCGAUGACCAGGCCCUGCCGCCAGAACACCGCCAGUCAUUGGACGCUGCGGCCCAGGGUCCUGCGAGAUCGAAUCGCGGCUCUGUCCAGACUACAAAAUCCGAUGCGCCGACCGAUUCCACUCUGAGUCCCUUUGCGUCACCAACCGCUUCCAGCUUCCAGGGCCAGGGCCUGACUCCGCGUCCACCAUCUUUCCCCUACGGCGCCAACCAGUACCCGCCCGAGUUUCUCGAGAACCGUCGGCGCCGCAGGAGCCGAAACCAGGAACAGGACGACGACUAUGCCGCUGUAACUGGGCCGCCGCCGCCCGCCGCUCCCGACGCACCGCCCUCUGCUUCCGCGAGCUUGAAGUUUCCCCCUGUGCCGCCGCAAGCAAUUGGGCGCCCGCUGAGGCAGAUGGAGGUCGAGGAGCGCAACAAGGCGCCCGCUGCGGGGAGCCAGAAAGACGGCUGGCCCCGAAACGCCCUCGGCGAGUCCGCACUGCCACGGCCCCAAAGGGUCAACACGGAUCCCACAUUCGGCGCCAGUUUCUCGCUUGCCAACGGCGGCCCGCGGAGAGCAUCGGCUGCCGAACAAUCACUGCAGAAGAGCAUCAGGAGGUCCUCGACGCAGAGCUCAGCGGACCGGCCAAGAGUAAUCGCAAACGACCGCUCACCCCUCCAGAGGCUUGAGCUGGCGCUCGACAGCAUCUCUAAGGAAGACAAACGCGCGCGCGUCGAGGCCGCCGAGAGGGCCGCCAGAGAGAGAGCCGCCGCUGCCGCCGCUAAUGGGUCCGCCCAACAAGGCCAGAAGAGUCCGCAGCAGGUUCGCUUUCGGGAGCGGCGGCCCUCCGUGGCCGCCGGAGACGCGCCGAGGACCCCAAUCACGCCAACGAAGCCCGCCCAGGGCUCACAGCCUACACAAGCUGGGCAGGCUGGGCCGGAUGGGCCUCACUCGCAGAAUCCACCCGACGAAGGGCGAAGACGGAACACCGCUGGCGGGCCGUCCCCGAGGGCGCCGCCUGAGUCCCGGAUACCCGUGCCUGUGCAAUCGUCUGGCAUCCCGCAGCGCAACCUCAGCUUUCGUGAGCGCGCCGCGAGGAGCGACAUGAAGCCGCCUAGCGGUCUCGGCAGUCCUGCAGCCCAAGAAUCCUUUCCUACGACGGGACCGAACGGCCACACCCCUACGCGGAGUGGCAGCAACAAGCUCAAGAAGCCGCCUCCCAGCGACCCUUGGCCAAAUCGCACAUCCGAGGCAGGCGGAAUGUACGACUCGGGUGAGCCGUCUGCUCGUGUCGGCCCCCGGGCCGCCAACCCUCCCGUGCAGCCCAAUCUGUGGGAGCGGGUGCUCGAGGCUCUCGACGAGGGCGACGACUCUGAUGGCGGGUUAAUGGCGUACCCGCCUGGUGCUGCGAAAUUGACCAAGACGCCGAGUCAGAGAAAAGCGGACCAAAUCUUGGGCCGCGUGCCAACCCAAGCACAGGUCCCGUCCGAGGUCCGACAGGCAGCACCCCCGAGUGCCGCAAACAACGGCGGCCCGACGUCACACGGUCCUGCGCCGAUGGCGGCCGCCCAGCAUCCCGGCGUGCAUAGAGACCGCGAGCACCAUGCCGACACCGGCGGGGAAAGACACCACGUCUCCGAUCUCGUCUAUCACGCGCGUGACAAGCUGCAGCCUGGUCAGGGCGUCUUUAAGCCGACAGCGUACCUCGACGAGUGGAAGCAAGCCACGGUCGGCGCCCUGACUGGCGCUCUCCUCGAUCUCGAGGAUGCGCCGCCUCCUGCGGUGGAUAAGAGCACGCCCUGGUGGGAGGCGCCACAGUCUCGGCGACGAAGCAACAGCUUGUCGUCGCGCCCAAAGAAGGCCGAGGCGUUUGAGGGAGAAUAUGACGAGUCAAACGCCCCGACGAGAUUCAAGCCGCCGCUGUACCUCAAGUGCGGCCCUUUGCUGAGAUUCUGCGGCAUCCGGCAUGAGAAGGUGCCCGGCCGGUCGACCCGGACCGGCGCCGUCGCGGACAGGGAGAUAUGGAGGGGCUCGAUCAUGAUCGUCACGACCGACGCCGACUCGUCGUACGACAUCGCACCCACGUUGCGCCUGUUCGUCCAGCCCAUCGAGCUCCUUCCACCGCCACCACGCGAGAUCCACGGCGAUGAGCCGCUGGCCCCCGAAUAUGUCGACCCGAUCGCCGGGCAUCCAAAGCUCGGCCGAAAAGGCGAGACGCUCUACGUCAGACCGGUGGACCAUCUCGAGGAGGCCAAGGACAUCUCCAGGGACGAGACGGAUGAGGGGCUGUAUGAGAAGACCAAGAGCCCGCCCGAUGUUCCCCUGCCCGAGGGCGUGGUGGACCCUCCAGGCUCGUUCGCCGCCCGGAGGAAACGGGCCGAGAUCGACGGCGAGAAGGUGGGCAAGUACAAGGACGUUCGCGGCUUCAGGCUGCACGCCGAGCGCGGCUACACGUUCUGGAAGUUCAACAUCGAGAUCGAGCUGCGCGAGAAGCAGCAGCGCAUCGCCUACCGCAUCAACAGGGGCCCGUCGACCGGCUUCUGGGUCCCCGCCAAGGGCCAGAGCAUGAACAUCAUGUUUUACAGCUGCAACGGCUUCAGCUUGAGCGUCCAGCCCGACGACUUCAGCGGGCCGGAUCCGAUGUGGCGCGACGUGCUCAACACGCACCAGAGCCAGCCCUUCCACGUCAUGAUCGGCGGCGGCGACCAGAUCUACAACGACCGGUGCAUGCAGGACACGGUCCUCUUCAAGGACUGGCUGAUGAUCAAGAACCCGCUGCACAAGCACAACGCGCCCUUCACGCCCGCCAUGCAGGACGAGCUCGAGCGCUUCUACCUGGAGCGCUACGCCAUGUGGUUCUCGCAGGGCCUGUUCGCCAUGGCCAACUCCCAGAUCCCCAUGGUCAACAUGUACGACGACCACGACAUCAUCGACGGCUUCGGCUCGUACCCGCACCACUUCAUGAACUCGCCCGUCUUCUCGGGGCUCGGCAACGUCGCCUUCAAGUACUACAUGCUCUUCCAGCACCAGAGCACCGUCGACGAGACGGAGAAGACGGAGCCCAGCUGGAUCCUCGGCGACAAGCCGGGGCCGUACAUCACCGAGCGCAGCCGCAGCCUGUUCAUGUUCCUGGGCGCCAAGGUGGCCCUGCUCGCCGUCGACGCGCGCACCGAGCGCACGCGCGACGAGGUCGUGCGCGAGGACACGUGGAAGAAGAUCAUGGACCGGUGCUACGACGAGAUCGACAAGGGCAAGGUGGAGCACCUGCUGGUCGUGCUGGGCGUGCCCAUCGCCUACCCCAGGCUUGUGUGGCUCGAGAACAUGUGAGUUGCGAUGCCCGAUGAAGCGUUUUGUGUGUCAUGGCUUUCUUUCUGACACGGC